GAGAGCGCGCUUUUUUUUUUUAAUCUCCUUGGCAACCGCCGGAACUCGGUGACAUUACCCUGACGCGCGCGACAACUCCCGUGCGCGCUCGCUCGCUCGCUCGCACUCCCUCUCGCGCGCGCUCUCUCUCCCCCUCUCUCUCCGUCUCUCUCUGUGUGUUAUUAUGCGCUCUCACACCAUCAUCACACGUCCCUCCGUCCCCCUGGCCGGUUUGCUGUAGCCGAAGCGGACCCGCAGCCCCGGGUCUCGGGACAUUUCGUUUGCUUUCCGUCUUCCUGUUCGGCUCUCUGAGUGUUAAAAUGCCCGUGCGGCGGGGACACGUCGCUCUCCAGAACACGUAUCUGGACACCAUCAUCCGCAAAUUCGACGGUCAGAACCGCAAGUUCCUGAUCGCCAACGCCCAGAUGAAGAACUGCAGCAUCAUCUACUGCAACGAGGGGUUCUGCCAGAUGUUCGGCUUCUCGCGGGCCGAGAUCAUGCAGCAGCCGUGCACGUGUCACUUCCUGGCAGGACCGGGCACCAUGAAGAGCGCGCUGGCUCAGCUGGCACAGGCCCUGCUCGGCUCCGAGGAGCGCAAGGUGGAGAUCCUGUACUACUCCAAAGAAGGGACGUGUCGGCCAUGUUUGAUAGACGUGAUUCCGGUGAAGAAUGAAGAACGCGUGGUCAUCAUGUUCAUCCUGAACUUCGAGGAACUGCUUGAUCCUUCGCUAAAAAUGGGCUUCAGUCAGCGAGUCACCCAGGGCUGGAUACGCUCAGCUCAGAAACGUAAGCUGAGGCUGAGAAUGCCGUCUUUACGAGUCACACGGCAACCUGCUUAUCCCAAAGAUCAGUUCGAAGGAGUCGUUGUGGACUAUCUACAGCCACCUGAUAAGGAUGUGCCCUUGAAGAGUUUCCCUACGCCAUGUAAAGAGAGCUCCUUGCAGUGUGAAACGCAAGCACUCAUCCAUCAGGAGCACUCAUUCACCUUGCCAUCCUCCACCCUGGAGCCUGUUGUUCCCCAGGUCCCACACACACACUCGCGUACACACUCCAGAGAGAGCGUGCACAGCCUGCGGCGCGCCUCAUCGCUGCACGACAUCGACGCCAUCAGGGACCAGUGCAGCGACGCCUUGAAGCCCAAUAACGUGAACUCCACGUCGGAUUCGGAUCUGAUGCGGCAUCGCGCCAUUGGACGGAUCCCCCAGGUCACGCUGUCGUUCGGGGCGGAGCGGGUCAGACCGCCCUCACCAACCGAGAUUGAGAUUAUUGCCCCUAGCAAGAUUAAGGACCGUACGCAGAACGUUUCUGAGAAGGUCACCCAGGUCACCCAGGUGCUGUCUCUGGGAGCCGACGUGCUGCCCGAGUACAAGCUCCAGGCGCCGCGCAUCCACAAGUGGACGAUCCUGCACUACAGCCCGUUCAAGGCCGUAUGGGACUGGCUGAUCCUACUGCUCGUGCUCUACACAGCCGUGUUCACACCAUAUAGCGCCGCCUUCCUGCUCAGCGAGCAUCAGGAAGAAGGCAGAGGCGACUGCGGCUACACCUGCAACCCGCUCAACGUGGUGGACCUGGUGGUGGACGUCAUGUUCAUCAUCGACAUCAUUAUUAACUUCAGGACAACCUACGUCAAUCGGAACGAUGAAGUGGUGAGCCACCCGGGCCGCAUCGCGCAGCACUACUUCAAGGGGUGGUUCCUAAUCGACAUUGUCGCGGCUAUCCCCUUCGACUUGCUCAUCUUCAGAUCGGGCCCAGACGAGCCCCAAACCACCACUCUGAUUGGCCUGCUGAAGACGGCACGGCUGCUGCGUUUGGUACGCGUCGCGCGCAAGCUGGACCGAUACUCGGAAUGCGGUGCCGCGGUCCUCUUCCUGCUCAUGUGCACCUUCGCACUCAUUGCCCACUGGCUAGCCUGCAUCUGGUACGCCAUCGGCAACGUGGAGCGCACAGGCUCAGCUCGUGGAGGUUCCUUAAGGAUCGGAUGGCUCGACAACCUUGCCGAUCAGAUCGGCAAAAGCUAUAAUGAAAGCGACGCCUUAUCCGGACCCAGCAUCAAGGACAAGUAUGUCACUGCUCUGUAUUUCACCUUCAGCAGCCUUACCAGCGUCGGCUUCGGCAAUGUCUCUCCAAACACCAACCCCGAGAAGAUCUUCUCCAUCUGCGUCAUGCUCAUCGGAUCCUUGAUGUACGCCAGUAUCUUCGGCAACGUGUCCGCCAUAAUCCAGCGUCUGUACUCGGGCACAGCGCGCUACCACACACAGAUGCUGAGGGUGAAGGAGUUUAUCCGUUUUCAUCAGAUACCUGGAGGCCUCAGGCAGAGGCUGGAGGAGUAUUUUCAACAUGCCUGGUCCUACACCAACGGCAUCGACAUGAACGCGGUGCUGAAGGGUUUCCCUGAGUGUCUGCAGGCUGAUAUCUGUCUGCAUCUGAACCGCACUCUGCUGCAGAACUGCAAGGCGUUCCGCGGGGCGAGUAAGGGCUGUUUGCGAGCUCUGGCCAUGCGCUUUAAAACCACCCACGCUCCCCCAGGAGACACGCUUUUGCACAACGGAGACGUGCUCACUGCGCUAUACUUCAUUUCCCGCGGCUCCAUCGAGAUCCUGCGAGACGACAUGGUCAUGGCCAUCUUAGGCAAGAACGACAUCUUCGGCGAGCCCAUCAGUCUCUACGGGAGGCCUGGGAAAUCGAACGCAGACGUCAGGGCCCUGACCUACUGUGACCUGCACAAGAUCCUGAGGGACGAUCUGCUCGAGGUGCUCGACAUGUACCCCGAUUUUUCCGACAGCUUCUGGACCAACCUGGAGAUCACGUUUAACCUCAGAGAUGCAGACAGAAUUACACAGCUAAACCCCAGCGAGGAGUCAGACUGCGGGUACAGACGAGUACAUCGUGGGAGAAACUCCCUCCAUCGCAACAGACCAGACGGCACGGAUAAAGAAGAGUCAUAUCCACAGCAGUCAUGUGACUCUGUAGGGAACCACAGAGGGGUGCUGUUGCACUCACACUGGGACGAGCUGUGCAGCAGCGUGAGCGCUGCCUCUUUGUCCAGCGAGGAUGAGAUGAAACACUCAGGGCCUGGACGGGGAGACGUGUUCCCUCCUGAAGUCCGGGAAUACGUUCCCACUGUGGUCAACCUAAAACCUCCAAGCAGUGGGGAAAGAGAAACUUCAGGCUCUCUGAAUGUCUCUGGGCUGUACGGCUGCUGUACCGAGCGCAGGCCAAGUCAGUACCACGAGAGUCCCAGAGUCCCAGAUGCAUCAACACGCACCUGCUAUCAUCUAUACCAGCGCAGAGCGAAUACAGAGGAGAGACCAAACGAUCUUCAGUCCCGCCUUGAACUACUGCAGUCUCAGCUGAACCGACUGGAGACCCGGAUGACGGCCGACAUCAACGUGAUCCUGCAGCUGCUUCAGCGACAGAUGGCCCAAGUGCCACCUGAUUACAGCUCUGUGUCUCCGUCCCCAGCGGUCCAUCACACCGCAUCUCCUCCUGACUUGUAUGGGGCUCCGGUUUUUCAUGCUACAACACCUAUUACUCCUACUGUACACACCAGAAAGCCAAUACACACCUCCACCAGCAACACUCCUGAGUCGGACAGCCCCAACCCAGAGUCUCAGACGUCUCUCUCCAGCGGCAUCCACCUCACCGUAACUACUGACGACACAACUCCCGUGUCUCCGGAGACAGAGACCAAACUGGCUGUCCCUGCAAAUCUGAACAUCGCUGAAAACCCACAUCUUUACCUCAGCCUGCGUUUCCCUUCUCUCCCUGAACACCUGGAGAGCCCGAGCAGCCUGGAGGGCACGUCACAGAUCCAAAGGCACCUGUCUGAUCCUGGGCCACCAGGCAGCUAACUCCCAAGCGGGCCAUGCUCUAUUCUCAUCCCCCCGCUGGACCACAUGUGUCCAACACUAGCAGGAUAGAUCGGACAGGACAGAGCCGUGUCUCCUCCUCCUACUCCUCUUCUUCCUUUCACGUCCUGCUCUUGUACUUCACAAACCAUUUGGAGACAGUGAGCUUCAAGUGAACUGUAUGCUGCUGCUCGUGGACAUGGGUUAAUCCACACUGAGUGGAGACGACCCGGUUAGAGUUCACUCACACACACACACAAACACAUACAAAGCACACGUGUGUAUCCCAGAUUCUAUGUAGAACAAAGAACAAAUUGAACACUGACCAAUUUUAGCUCUGCAGCAAUCUGACGCUCCUGGUCAUGGACAGAAGGGACAUUCAAGACAGUAUCUAUAUUUUUAACUCCAGCGCUG